ACAAACUAUCAUACAACUAAUAUUAUUGUUAAAAUGUAUUAGUAUCAGUAUUACUCAUCCUCAUGCGAUAUAUCACGUGUCUUUUAGAAGAUAAAUUUAGAGAUGAUAAUGUGUUUUAUUAAGUGAGUGUGUUUGAAACUACGAGCCUCGACGACUAAUAACCUAAGUACUUCAUUGAAUACGCCACGGACUGCGCCUAAAUACUUUGAGUAAAAUUAAUCAAUCUCGGCGACACAUUGUGAAUUUCAAUCCACUUUAAUUCGCAGUUGUAAUCUCUUAAAAUUCCUUAAUACUAUCUUACAUAGAUUUGAGUUCAGAUCUCAAAAUAAAACGAACACAAUUCAGUCAUAUCAUUUUACUCCGAACAACAGACUGCUCAAUCAUGAGGAAAUAUUUGACAAGACAUACUCUCCGACUGGUUUUAAGUUUAAACAAUGACACACUUGAAAAUAUAAUUGAACAGUUGGCAGAAGAAUUGAAAGCUAUGAAAGGGCAGUUUCAGGGACACGAUGAAAGAAAUUCCCGAUGUCCGUGUAAUGAUAGGAUAGUGUUACUUGAGACAUAUCCGGCAGCUUACAAAACUAGGGGUGAAAAGGAUCCAACUGAAUUGGAUAUUUUGGAUGUGGAAUGUGGUCUUGAAAACCAGAACGGGUUUGAGGUACACCAUGUGAAACAAACCAAUAGUGAAAAUUCAAACAUUGAAAAAUUAAUGCUUGAACUCAGUCAACUAAAAACAGUACUAAAAUGUUUGAUGGAACAAAAUGAUACCUAUAAACAAGAGAUAAAAGAACUGAAAACUCAUGUCGAACAAGAAGGGCUUAAAAAGCGUACCCGAACUGAAAUGCAGGAGCGGAAAAUAGAACAAUCGGAAAGAAGACAACCCUUCCAUAUAUCAGAUGGAAUCUUUCAGAAACAGCUACAAGAUGCACACCUUGAGUUACUAGAUUUGAAACAGGAGUUGGAGGACACGAAAACGAGAUAUUGGAGACAUGGGACCAUCACUCUUAUAUUAUGUUUUAGACUUAGUAAGCUGAUGGGAGAAAAACUGACAGACAAAAAUCCAAACAUUGCUGAUCUCAGUGACAAAAACCGUCCAACAAAACUUGCUGAGAGAUAUUCGGAACUUUAUGAUAAUCAGUGGACAGAUGCAUUUGAUUGUCUCAACAAAUGGCAUGAUGAGUCGACGACCAUUAAACACCUCUCUGAUAUUCUGAAGAAUGCAAUGAGGUUUUGCUCGUUAGAGGCUCAGAAUCAGAUGACAACGCUACAAAAACAGCUCAUGUUUUCAGCAAGUGUUUCAGACUGCCAGAUACCCAGGACAAUUAUCAAAAGUCUCAAGGACUGUCGCAAGUCACUUGGGGAACAAACUGGACGUGCCUUGUUUCAGAAAUACGUGGAAAGUUUACAAAAUGGAGCACCAACUUGCAUGGAACUCAAAGUUUUGCCCUAUCUGCAAGAGUGCAUUCAAUUGGGUUGGUGGAUGUGUGUCCAGGAUCCUCCGGUCGUUAUAAGCCCUGAUGUCACACAUGGGGUAAAUUUCGACACUGACUUCUACAAGGCAUACACCAAGAGUGGUCCCCUCGUUGACUAUGUGGUCUGGCCAGCCCUGUGUCUCCAUGAGAAAGGUCCACUGCUCUGCAAGGGCAUUGCACAGGGAUCUGGCGGGAAGAAAGAGGUGUGAUAAAUGCAUACUACAAAUGUGGCAUAUUAUGGUUACUGCAAACCGAUAACUCUCCGUGUAAAAACUGUGUGACUUGUAAUGGAAUUAGUUUCAAUACAGUAUUUGUUUUAUCACAAGAAAUUAAAUUAUCCAUUUUAAAUAAUAAAUCUUUAUGACGUUCAGAAUGCAUGUUACCAUUCGCUGGGUAAAGAUAAUAGCCGGUUUAGUUCAUACUUGUCAUAAAUAUGAUAGCAGGGUUUGCUUUCAUGAGCUUAAAAAGAUGAUUACAUGUCCUCGUCCAAGAUUUUAUAUAAGCAUUAUGUCGUUAGUCAAUGUGAAAUGCAAUAAAUUAAAUUUAAAA